AUGUCUCCCAUCCCGGAUCGGGUACAUGCUUCGACGUCCCUCAUUCCUUUCCUUGACGGCGACUGUAGAGAGCUUUCUCUCUCCAUCCCAAAGCACAUCACAUCUUGACAAUAGGAAUGUCCUAUCCAAAAUCGACAGGUGCAGGUCGGAAAUUCUCCAUUAUACAAGGUAGAGAGAAUGUUGGGUGCAGGAGGUUUUGGGCUGGUCUACAUUGGACGAAGGGUGGCUGGUGGAUCUCAGGGCGAUGGGCCCAAUGCCUUUAAGGUUUAGUUUCAACCUCCCAUCACUCCUGCCAAGGGAAUCUUUAAAUACUGCUGUUUUAUGUUGUCUCUUUCAUUUUCCUGCGGUGGGUGUAGGUAGCACUGAAGUUUGAGCAUAGAAAUAGCACGGGUUGCAGAUUUGGCCCCCCAUAUGAAUGGCAAGUUUAUGAGUAAGAAGACACCCCCUACUGCUCUAAUUUAUUACGUAUUGUGUCGAUCUAAAACUACGUUCUUCAUCUGACUUUGUGAAUAUGGUUUUAGCCAUCUCAAGGGAUGCUAUGGAUUGCCUAGGGUGCACUACAAGGGCCGCCAAGGAGAUUAUUUCGUCAUGGUUGGCGUAGAGUCUUUCAUUUUAUUGUUUCCUCGAAUUAUGUUUUUUAUUGAAAGCUAAUUAUGAUAUUGUUGAUGAUGAUUGCUGCAGAUCAUGGACAUCCUUGGACCAAGUCUCCUGGAUGUGUUCAUAUCCAUUGGGCAAGUGUAAGAAAAUAAUCUUGACUUCAUAUUCAAAGUCAAUAUUCUGUUGAGAAUUGUGCUAUUGAGUUUGACUAACUCCUUGGACAGAAUGCCACCAAAUAUGGUGGCUUGUAUUGCUGUGGAGGCAAUAUCCAUCCUUGAGAAGCUACACCAAAAAGGGUACGUAUGGCUUUGUGGCAGUGUGAUAUUUUUUCAAUUAAAUUUUUGCAAAGGUCACAGUAAUCAAUUCAUUGCUCCCUUGUGCACUCCCCUCCCUCCCUCCACCCACACAAAAAAAAAAACAUGCCAGGUUUGUGCAUGGAGACGUCAAGCCAGAGAAUUUAUUGUUGGGUAAACCCGGAAGCUCAGGGGAGAAGAAGCUUUUUCUCAUCGACUUUGGGCUGGGUAUGUUGCUGCAUUCCAAUCACUUCUUGUUUUCACCUUUCGCACCUAUUGAUUUUAGAGUAGGGUUUGUUUUUCCAAGUAUAUAAACAAAUUCGUCUUGACUGAGAAGUCCCUGUCUGUAUCAACAUCAGUGAUAUUUUUGUGCUUUGUUCAGAGCCUGUACAAAUGCUAAUUGGUGUCAUUAAUAUUUUAAUCAGCUUCAAUGUGGAGGGACAGUUUGUCAGGCCAGCAUGUCAGCUUAUGCCAACAGCCAGAUAAUUUCAGGUUUUUUGGGAAACGAUAUUCUAUUUUUUCCCUAAAUUCUUAGCUAAGAGGAGGAUUCAUAAAAUCUUACCCCUACCUUACUAUCUAUCUCAUGUUCCCUAGGGGCACAACACGAUAUGCAAGCGUCCAUGCACAUUUAGGCCUCACAGCGAGUAGAAGAGAUGAUCUUGAGUCAUUGGCCUACACUCUGAUUUUUUUGAUUAAAGGAAGGCUGCCGUGGGAAGGCUAUCAGGUUUGCUUUCACCUCUACUUGUACAUGUUCUCCCAUCUCUUUGAUUGAUCACUUGCUGAUUCUUAUGCCAACUAUGUAGGGGAAUGACAAGAGGUUUCUAGUCUUCAUGAACAAGACUGUAACCUCCCCCGAGACGCUGUGUGGUGGCUGUCCCCCUCCUUUUGCACAAUUCCUUGAAGCAGUGAAGAAGAUACAAUUUGUUGAGCAGCCCACCUACUCGAAGCUCAUUUCUCUUUUUGGAAGCUUGAUAUGCCCCCCCUGCACCCUGUUAAAGACCAUUCGGAUUGAUGCAAUUUUGAAGGUGGUUGCAAACAUGACAUCACUGAAAUUACCUCACAUAUUUUUAUUUUAUGUCAGAUGGUUUUAUCUCUUUUUCAUGGCUCUAUCAUCUGUUGUUAAAUAGGCUGACCAUGUUUCCAACAGGUUCACCAAAAACGUGGAAGAUUGCAGGUAAAUAAUGAAGAAGAUGAGUGUCAUAGAAAGAAACGGAUAAAAUGUUUGAUUGAUGACAGACCAUGACCAUGUACAUGUAAGAAUAUAAAUAAAAUCUGUAAAGUGCCAAUUGAGAAAACAUAAAUCUCAUGACUAAAUUAUUUAUUAUUAUUGUUAUUAUUUAUUCAUAAAGAAAACGAUAGUUUAAAAGCCUCAUAUUAAGGGCAUGAAUAUAAUACUUUUUUAAUGUAAUCAUAGCUAUUGAUAAAGGUGUGUAAUUAAUAUUUAUGCAAAAACAGAAACUAUAUCAAUCAAUGAUAAUAAUACAAGACAAUCAUUUAGAGGGCGUGAGUAUAAGUAGAUAUUUAUAUCAUAGUUACUCUUGCUAGGAAUAUGUAUCAUUUAUUGCCAACAUUUAAACUUUAGAAAUGUUUUGUACCUACUAUCUAUUCACCUUAGAAAUGGCACCACUUUGGACGUAACCUAUUGAGUACAGGAAUAUAAUAUGUUUAAGUACAUUCACACUUACAAAUUAUCAGAAAUAAUUAUUAGACCGAUAAAUGUAAAUUUUAUGCAUAAAUAAUGAAUAUUACUUUUUUAUAAGAAAGCUGGCACAUAAAAAUACAGUAUUAAAGGGAAGAAAUCUAAUAUUAUUUCAUACAAUCAUAAUGAUUAGUUGCAAUGAAUAAUUACUAUAGUUUACCAAAAUGAAAAUUUUAUCAGUAAAUAAAUGAACACUACAAGUAUUGGAUUAAAUGGCACGAAUUUGAUAGUUUAGGUUAUAUUUAUAAUUACUAAUCACUAUGAUUAAAAUUAUUUAUUAGAAUAUGUAAAGUUAUGAAGAAAUAAGAAUUAUGUAUUGGAAGCUUAUGUGUCCACCAAAGGACACACAUCCACCCCAUAAUGUGUUUAGAACCACAUGUAGUCCAAAACUGAAAGUAAUGUAAUGUCGUAAUUGGUUCCCAUCAUAGUAAAAGUAUGAUUUCUUUAGUGAUGAUCUAAAAAUUAAGAAGCAUCUAGAUUCAUAGAAGAUUGGGUAUAUAAAGAGGAGUUUGAAAUAAAAGUCGCAUAGUUAUGCUUUGUAAUGUUUUCAAUUUGAAAAGCAUAUCUUGACAAAGUUAAAUCUUAUAUGAUUCACAUGAAUGAAUGUCAUCGUAUAUACUUUUUAUACAUUGCACCCUCUAGAUGUUUUCCUAAACUUGAAGAAAAAUGUACCCAUCGUCAAAUCUUGAUUCAUUCCAUUGAUGAGUGGAAAAUAAAUUUCUUGUCUAAACUAGGACUUUAAGCAUAAGUAGGAAGUUAUUGUAUUAACAAGUGUGUCGAUUUAUGAGGAUGAUGAAUUAAUCAUGGAAACUAUUUAUUGAAACAAAUUAUUAUCUAUUUUGACUGUAGUCUAAUGUACAAUUGUAAUUAAGAGUUACAUAAUUCUAUAUGCGACCCCUAUUAAAUGUUUUUGAGCCAAAUCUAUAUUGUAUAUAAAUUUGUAUAUAAUUUUACACAUAUAAAAUGAAUUUUUUGCCUUUUUAAGAGCACAUGUAUAAUAUUUUCAAGUAUAUUAUUUUUACCUUUAUUAUUUGUUAAUAUAAUGUCUUUUUUUGUCAUAAUAGGAAACCACUGAUAAGUUUUCAUUAUCAUGAGUUAAUAAUUAGUAAAUUAUGAAAAAAAAAAAAUUUUCAAUUGAUUAAUGUGAUUUUGUUAGCUAAUUAUGUAAUUUUCUAUGCAUUUAUAUGAUUUUUAUAGUCUUAUUUUUUGAGAUAAAUCAAGAAAAAGAAAUUAAAAUAAAAAUAUAGUAAAAAGAAGGGACCUGUCAACCAACCAGGCCUGCAAGUAGGUCAGAAGCGUAGUCGGGGGUAGCCGCAAGUAAGGGCUUGGGUGACUAGGACCAAUGGAGGCAUCUGUGCACCACUCCCCUUCCACGUCACCGAUGGCCAACCAAGUCUGAGGCAAGGAGUGGUUGUACAUGUGAGAGAAAAGUACUCAUUACUUGUAAAUAUGAUAUUACUAUAUACUCGCCUAAAACUUUGGCGCACAAGCGAUGUGGGACUAAACCCACUAAUAAGUUUUCAUUAUCAUGAGUUAAUAAUUAGUAAAUACUCAUGAUAAAUAGACUUAUAUUUGUGGUAAAGAAUGAUUUUUGGUUUUCAAUUGAUUAACGUGAAUUUUUGGGUAAUUAUGUGAUUUUAUACGAUUUUUACAGUCUUACUUUUGAGAUAAAUGAAGAACACGAAAUAAAAAUAAAAAUAUUGCAAAAAUUGGGGGACCCGCCAGCCAGCCAUGCCCGCAAGCGGGUCAGAAGUGCAGUCAGGGAGCAAGCCGCGAGCAGGGGCUCGAGCAGCUUGGCUGGGGGACCGACAGGGCACGCGUACGCCACUCCCCUUCCACGUCACCGGUGGCCAGCCGGCUAUGGGGCAAGGAGUGGUCAUACACACGAGAGAAGGGACUUUUCUUACAAAGCUAACAUUACUAUAUAUUCGCCCAAAAAAUCGGCGUACAACCGAUGUGGGACUAAACCCCCGUCACACCUUCCUUAGAAGAGGCGGGCGACCGGCGCAGGUUCGAAUCCUUCCAGAGUCAAAAUUCAUAUAUUUUUAUCUGAUUAUCGCGACUUUCCUGCAGAUCGCCGGUGAAGGAUUAAGCAAUGAGAAUUGCUAGAUUAUCGGUGAAAAUCUCGUCAACACGAUUCGCGGAGCAUUGCUACUAAAAUUGCUGAACGAUUCGCGAUAAAAGGAUCACGAAUCCAUCGAGUAAAUCAUCUCCAAUUGAUCGACGAACAAGCCGUCGUCGGGAAGAGGACGAUCCGCUGGGAGAUCAGUCGCCACCUUUUGAGAGCGUACCAGAUGCGAUGAAGAGCCUCCUCUUGCUGUGCGGACCUCAAGAUGAAGCUCCCUAACACACGCCCCACCUCCAUCCAGCUCCUCUCUGUCGGGUGACAGCCGCUAGAGAGCCACAAAGUCGCCGUUUUUCCGCUCCGCCGGGUGACAGCCGCUGGAGAUGAUUCGACGACCCACUUCAUUGAUCUCUAGACUUCGCGAGAAGAUCUAGAGAUUGCCCACAUUGUCUUUGUCCAAGGAGAGCCUUUGAGGCCGUGGACAUUGCACGACGAUCCUCCCGAACGCUUAGGAUUCCAGUGCAUCGCCGACGCAUCGCCGUCGCGACGCCAAAACUCUAUUUUCCUGCUUUCAAUUUAAUUUACGCUUUAUUUAGUGAUACUUUGUGUGAUUUUAAUUUACCAAACUAUACUUCGUUCAAUUACGAUUCUUCUGGCUUUUACAGAUCUUAAUUUGAUUAAUUAAGUCGUCUGUAAUCGCUUACGUAAGAAUCACCGGGCGGAACUCUAUUUCUGCUUGAUUCGCGUUUACCAGGCGCUGACGUCAUCCUGACGCCCGCACCCAUAUUUCCUUUUUUUUUUGUGAAUUUUAAAUAUAUUUCCUUUUUAUUUCCUAGUAUAAAAUUCGUAAGAAAAUCAUAUUCAUUGAGAAAAAUUCUGAAUAAUUACCAAAGAUUAUAUUACAUCCCUAUGAUCAACCUGGAAAAUUACCGCUAUUUUAGAAUUUUUAUUGAAUUAUAAUUGAUCUAUUUAUUUUGAAAUACUUCUAAAUAUCUAAAAAUUCGUAUUUUCUAGUUUUAUAAAUUUUAUAUUUGCGUGAUUUAAUAUACAACGACUGAGUCACGUCACCCACAUCACACCUUCCCUUGAAAGGCUUUGAAGAUUUUAAUACUUAAAUUACUCCUUAGUUAUAAUAAAGAUAUACUAUGAGGACGUCACUUGAUAAUGGCAUUAGAGUACUUAUUUCAAUCUCUCUUAUGCAGGCGGGCAAUCAGCACAGGUUCGAAUCUUCCUAGAGCCUAAUGAAAGAUUAUCUCGACUUUUCUAUAGAUCACUAGUAUAGGAUUAAGCCAUUAAAAUUGUUAGUUCAUUGGUAAAAAUCUUGUCAACGUAAUUCACAAAGCAUUAUUACUAAAAUUGCUGAAAAUAAUUCGCGAUAAAAGGAUCACAAAUUUAUUGAGUAAAUCCUCUUUGAUUGAUCGAUGAACAAGCCGUCAUCGAGAAGAGGACAAUCUGUAGUGAGAUGAGUCACCACCUCUUGAGAGCAUACUAGAUGCGAUGAAGAGCCUCCUCUUGCUGCACAUACCUGAGGAUGAAGCUCUUUAACAUGCGUCCCACCUCCAUCUAGCUCAUCUCCAUCGGGUGACAGCUGCUAGAGAGUCACAAAGUCGUCAUUUUUUCACUCCGCUAAGUGAUAGCUGCCGGAGACAAUUUGAUGACCCAUUUCAUUGAUCUAUAGACUUCGCAUGGAUAUCUAGAGAUUGCCCACAUCGUCCUUGUCUAAGGAGAGCCUUUGAGGCCGUGGACACUACACGACAAUCUUCCCAAAUGUUCAGAAUUCUUGUGCAUCAUCGACACAUUGUUGCCGUGACAUUGGAAUUUUAUUUUUCUACUUUCAACUUAAUUUCUACUUCAUUUAGUGAUACUUUGUGUGAUUUAAAUUUACCAAACUAUAUUUGAUUCAAUUACGAUUCUUUCACCUUUUACAGAUCUUAAUUUGAUGAAUUAGAUCAUUUGUAAUCCCUUACACAAGAAUCACUAGGCAAAACUUUGUUUCUAUUUGAUUCGUGUUCGUCGGGUGCUAACAUCAUCCUAACAUCUACACCCUUAUUUCCUUUUUUCACAAAUUGAAGUAUAUUUUAUUUUUAUUUCUCAGUAUAAAAUUCAUAAAAAAGUUAUAUUCUUUGAGAAAAAUACUAAAAAGUUACCCAAUAUUAUAUUACAUCUCUAUGAUCGACUUAAAAAAUUACCACUAUUUUUGUAAAUUUGAUUGA